UGCUUCACGACUUUCACGUUAAAAUGACUCGUUUGAUAUCCUUGAACCUUGAUUCCUCAUUCCUCAUUUCCGUAGUCAGCAAUUCGGCUAAUUUCGGCAUAAACCUGAAACCAUCAUACAUUCAUACGCCAUACGGCAUACUAUCUCAAUUUGUGGUCUGUGCCAUGUGGCUACUGGCUUGGAUCAUAAUAUAGUUAUAUUAUUCUGUGAUAGUAGUAAUGAGUAAUAUUAGUAUAUUAUAGCUACUUAAACAUUUAAUAGUUCAGUAUUUAUGAUUUAAGAUGUUAAGCUCGCUAAGUCACAAACAAUUUAACGCUUUAAAUUCAAAUUUUGCUCAAUCUUUAUUAUAUUAAAAACCACUAAAAAAUAAAUUAUAUUUAACUAUCAAAUUGUGGUAUGCAGUACCAGUACAUGUUGGUUACAAACUACUAUUUACAUUACAAUGGAUGCUGACAAGUAAAUCAAAACCCAAAGUACCUAAAUGAUAUUUAUAGGUUCACCACACAAACUGAUCAGUGAGAGCAGCUUAAAGUGUAACGUAGAAGAUGUCAAUCAACUACUGUCCAUCAAAAAACAUUUAUUAGAACAGCCACGUAUUGAAAAAUGUGCAUCUUUAGCUGAAGCUGAAUGGAAUGACGAUUUAAAAUUAGCAAAACUAACAAAAAUUACAAAAAAUCUUACCAAAAAUUUUUCACAUUCAUUGAAUAAGUCAUUGUAUUUAUACCCAGAAGAAUGCUUAUGCUUGUUAGAAAUGAAAUGUUUGUUAUUAAAAUGGAAUGGAAGAAAACUGUCAAUUAAAAAUGCGUUUUCCUUAUUGUUGGCUGCAGGAAGUGGUUGUACGUUUGAAUUAUGUAGAACCUAUGGUUAUUUGGUUAAAUUAGGAUUUCGAGUAUUUAAACAUGACGACAAGCUAAAAAAUAAUGCGUAUGAUUCUAAAGAUGUAUUAAAACAUCCAGAUCUAUCAAUUAAAAAAAAAAAAAAAAGGAAUGCAAAUUAUAGGUCUAUGCAGACUGAAGAAUCUUCUAAAGUUUUCAAUAAAAUACUCUCUCCUAAACUCAAAACUCAUUGUGAGAUUAUAUAUGCUCCACAAUCGCAAUAUGUGCCACAAAAUGUACAACCUUUUUAUGAUGUUUACUCAUACAAUCUUGCUGUGAUUUCUGGGAGUGUUAAAUUAAUUGAUUUAAAAAGUUUUGAAAAACAAACCAGCUUAGAAAAUCUGAAAAAAGAAAGCUUAGUGCCCAAAUUACAACCUAUUAGAAUAUAUCCUGUCUAUGAGAAAAAUAUUCCUCCAACUAUAAAGUCUGUUGAAAAAAAUAUUUAUGAGCCUAGAGUUAAAAAAUUGAAAUUUACAGAAAUUAAAAAUAUUCACUCACUUGAUACGUUGAAUAUGACAGCUUCCACUUCAAUUUAUGAUAAAAACAUGAGCGUGUUAAGUGGUACUACUAAUUUGACCAAAAUUCAAGAGAAUAAAUGUGAAGAUUCCAAAAAUAACAAAAUUAUGGGAAUUAAUUCUUCAUUCAGCUUGAGUACUGGAAAUAACUUUUCUACAUCUAAUAACGAAAUUAGUUUUACUAAUAAAUUUCUUGAUGUUGAAAACAAUGAAAAAAAUCAAAAUAUUAAUGAUGAAUUUGAAAUACAAAAUUCAAAUUUUAGUAAAACAGAAAAAAAUGAAUCUGACAGCAAAGUACCAGAAUCUACACUAUCUGAUACUAUUCCUGAAGAAAAACUGCUAAAUAUGCAUUUAAAUCUACCAAGUAACAUUAGGCAUAAACUAUUGGCAAUAAAACCAUCAACUCUUCAUAACAAGUCAACAAAAUAUACCAAUAGUAAACACUCCAUACAUUAUGAUGUUUACUAUCCAGAUAAUGAUGUUCCAAAAACAUUAAGACCUCCACCAGACUUUAGAGUCAUUGUUUUCGAAGAUGAUUUGGAACGCUUUCCAAAUAUAUACGACAUCAAUAUUUCAAAUCCUAAUGACAAUAUUCCUACAUUAUGGGCCAUUGUAAAUUCUAGUUCUGUUUCAUUUUUCAGUSUAGAUAGUAUAAUUCUGCCAAAAACUACAGACUGGGAUAAAAAAGGUGAUUGAUUUGAAUUCCAUUGUUUUCUGAUUUGUUUUAUUAUGUUACUAACAUAUGUUUAAUGUUUAUCAUAUGAAAUAUUAUUUCGUACCCAUAAAUUAUGUAACUGUACCAUUUUUUUUAUAUAUAAAUGAGUUGGUAAUUUAAGUUCUAAGGCUGUGUUUUGAUAUUUAAUAUUAC